GUUUUUUUCAAAACAAAAACUCCUCAUAAAAAUUAUUAUUAAGUUUUCGCUAUGAAAGGCAAAACUCUUAGCUCUCAAUCACAGGGCUUGGUACUAUUCUUGCUGAAUUAUUUUCAACAAAAAAAGGAUAAUGGAGGGCCUCUAUUACCAUUGUUAGCUGUCCAAGAGAGGGUGGCUCAGGCACUAAGUAUCAGUUUGUCCACUAUUACCAGAAUACAGCGCCGUUUAUCAUCUAAUGAUAAUGUCCUAAGAUCACCUGGAAAGAAGAGACCCAGAAAAAAGUCUAAGACAACAGAUUUAUCUGAUGCAGUCAGGCAUAAUAUACGAGAUACAGUGUAUCAAAUGUAUAGUGAAAAGAAACAUGUCACAAUAGCAAAUUUGAAUAAAACGCUUAAAGAGAAAGAGCUUGCUUCUAUCAGCAAUAGCUCUUUACAAAGAGUGCUGCCCACCAUAGGCUUUAAAUAUAAAAAAGAUGGUAAUAGAAGAUUUCUAGUUGAGCAAUCCAGUAUUGCUUUACUUCGCACCAAAUUCUAGAGAAGUUAUAAUGACUAUGUGAACACUUCCUUGCAUCAAAUUGUUUUCAUGGAUGAAACAGGGAUAUUUUCAAAAGGCAGUCCAAAAAAGUAUUGGCAAGAUGAGUCAAUAAAAAGUGUAAG